AUGGAUUUCCAAGUGGUCGUCUUAGCUGGUGGCACCUCAAAGAACCUUGUCCCUCUCGUCUCCAAGGAGGUUCCAAAAGCUCUGCUUCCUGUGGGGAAUCGUCCGGUUAUCUCGUACGUUCUGGAGCUCUUAGAACUCAGCAACCUUAAGGAUCUCAUUGUUGUGGUUGAAGGGCAGGAUGCGGCUGUACGCGUUGGCAGUUGGAUUUCAGGGGCUUAUGUUGAUCGUUUACAUGUUGAAGUUGCAGCAGUCCCUGAGGAUGUUGGAACAGCUGGUGCACUACGGGCCAUUGCACACCACCUGACUGCAAAAGACAUUUUGGUUGUGAGUGGUGAUAUUGUCUCUGAUGUUCCUCUUGGUGCAGUAGCUGCUGCUCAUAGACGUCAUGAUGCAGUAGUAACUGCAAUGCUUUGCUCUGCUCCUGUAAGUGGACCUUCAGAAUCAGGAUCUUCUGUUGGAAAAGAUAAAGCCAAAAAACCUGGACGCUACAAUAUCAUUGGGCUGGAUCCCACAAAACAGUUUUUAGUGUACAUAGCAACGGGAGCAGAACUUGAAAAAGAUAUUCGAAUUCAGAAGAGCAUACUCCGUGCAGUUGGCCAGAUGGAAAUUCGAUCUGAUCUCAUGGAUGCUCAUUUAUAUGCAUUCAAGAGGUCUAUUCUGCAUGAAGUUUUGGAUCAAAACGAUACAUUUCAGAGUUUAAAGCAGGAUGUAUUGCCUUAUCUUGUUCGCUGCCAGCUGAGUUCAGAAGUGUUGUUAAAUGGUGCACCACAAACAGAAGAAAACGGAAAUGAGAAGGCCAGUUCUCAGAACAACCAAUUAAUGCUAUCUCAAAUCCUGGCUAAUUCAUCCACUCCAAGUUUCCAUGAGCUCUAUGCCCUAGGUCCUAAUGGCUCUACUCCUGUUCGAAGAACCCAUAAAUGCUGUGUUUAUAUUGCUGGAAAGAGCAAAUACUGUGUGCGUUUAAAUUCCAUUCAAGCAUUCAGUGACAUUAAUCGAGAUGUCAUAGGGGACGCUAGCCAUUUGUCAGGGUAUUCCUUCUCUCCACAAAAUAACAUCAUUCAUCCAUCAGCAGAACUUGGAUCAAAAACAACUGUUGGACCACAUUGCAUGCUUGGGGAAGGUUCACAAAUGGGUGACAAAUGUAGUGUUAAGCGAUCUGUUAUUGGCCGUCACUGCCGGAUAGGUUCUAAUGUGAAAGUUGUGAAUUCAGUUGUUAUGAAUCAUGUUACCAUUGGCGAUGGCUGUUCAAUCCAAAAUUCAAUUAUUUGCAGCAAUGUACAGCUCCAAGAUCGCGUUGUACUAAAAGAUUGCCAAGUUGGUGCAGGUUUUGUGGUUACAGCUGGAAGUGAGUGCAAAGGGGAGGCAUUGGCUAAGAAAGAGAAAUGA